AUGAGAACUGAGAAUUGGAAGCUACUAGCCCGGCGCUUGAAAUUCUCAAUCCCAGAUGGCACUCAUGGUGGUUUUGAGGGGAAGGGAUACGUUAUUACGUGGGAUGAUAUGCAGGUGGAUGAGCCGUGGGAGAGAUUUGAUUUAAGAGACAAACAUAAUCGAAGUAGGAUCAUUGUGGUCGACAAGAACGGUAAGGGCGAUUCGCGUACAGUUCAAGGUGCAGUAGAUAUGGUUCCCCAAGACAAUGUAGAGAGAGUGAAGAUAUACAUUCUUCCUGGAAUUUACAGAGAAAAGGUGGAAAUUCCAGCCUCAAAGCCAUACAUUUCAUUCAUUGGAAAUGUGAAUCACACAAACGAAACUGUUAUUACCUGGAACAACAAAGCCUCUGAUAAAGACAAGGAUGGGAAGGAAAUAGGAACCUUUAGAACAGCCACAGUCUCAGUAGCAUCCAAUUACUUCUGUGCGAGUGGGAUCACAUUCGAGAAUUCGAUAAAGGCAGCCCCUGGAAGCUACGGCAUGCAAGCUGUGGCAUUGAGAAUAGGUGGUGAUAGAGCCAUGCUCUAUAACGUUAGGAUUCUUGGAACACAGGACACACUUUUAGAUGACACUGGAUCGCACUUCUUCUACCAGUGUUACAUUCAAGGAGCUGUUGAUUUCAUUUUCGGCCAUGCAAAGUCAUUGUAUCUGGAAUGUGAGAUUCAUUCAGUAGCUGAAAAAUAUGGGGCCAUAGCAGCUCACCACAGGGAUGCACCAGAUGAUGAUACAGGGUUCUCCUUUGUGGAGUGCAAAAUCGCGGGAACAGGUUCCAUAUACUUGGGAAGGGCUUGGGGAAAAUAUUCGCGAAUAAUAUUUUCAUACUGUGACAUUGACAACAUCAUUACUCCCUCGGGAUGGAGUGACUGGAAUGACCCAUCUAGCCAGAAGACUGCAGUGUUUGGUGAAUAUCGGUGCACGGGCAAUGGAGCCGAUAGGAAGAAUCGAGUGCCAUGGUCCAAGUCUUUGAACGACAAUGAAGCAAGGCCUUUUCUGGAUUUGAGCUACAUAGGUGGACAGCAAUGGCUGAGCCUGUAG